GUUUUGGUGUAUUUAACGAUUGCGCACACACGGUCCAUAGUGGAGAGAAUUGUGAAUGGGGGGAGUAUUUUGGGUGUACAGUCAUAAGUCGGACUCCGAGGAGCCAGGAAGUAACUGUGAGCCAUGCAGCUCAUGAGACGGAUAAAGUAGCGCGAGCGAGCGUCUGUUGUCAUCAGUCGGGGAUCACACGCGCGAGAGUGAGGAAGAACAACACGCCAACUGCAAAUUACAGCCCAAUCUAGUGCAGCACAACUCACGGACCCCACAAGAGGCGAAAUCCGAAGGAGGUUUGACACUUUAAAGAAUACAAAGCUCACUACAACAUACUCCAUCAUUAGAAGAAGAGAAAAAGACGGAAGGAAAUAAGAGCGGGACUUGCGUGUUUCAAGACAACGAUUCACUCUCUUUGCAAGUUUAGACAAAUACAAUUAUCACAAUUGAUCAAAUCGCGUUCGAGAUGCCUCGGGUGGUCCCGGAUCAGAGGAGCAAGUUCGAGAACGAGGAGUUCUUCAGGAAACUCAGUCGCGAGUGCGAGAUUAAAUACACCGGUUUCCGCGACCGGCCGCAUGAAGAGAGGCAGGCGCGCUUCCAGAACGCGUGCCGUGACGGCCGCUCAGAGAUCGCUUUUGUGGCGACCGGCACCAACCUCUCGCUGCAGUUCUUCCCAGCCAACCUUCAUGGGGAUCAGCGGCAGGCGCCCACCCGAGAGUAUGUGGACUUCGAGCGGGAGACGGGAAAGGUUUAUCUGAAGGCUCCUAUGAUCCUGAAUGGAGUGUGUGUGAUCUGGAGAGGCUGGAUUGAUCUUCAGCGUCUGGAUGGGAUGGGUUGUCUGGAAUAUGAUGAUGAAAGGGCACAGCAUGAGGAUGCUCUGGCCCAGGCAGCCUUUGAGGAAGCCCGCAGAAGAACCCGUGAUUUUGAGGACAGGGAUCGCUCGCACCGCGAGGACAUGGAGCAGAUACCGAUGGCACAGCUCAGUCAUUUAAUAACUCAGGAGGACCCUGUGGCAUCAAAAAUCUGGGACUGAUGGCCUUCAAGAACCAGGCCCAGGCGACAGCAGGACCCCAGCACUGGCUCCAACAUGGGCAACACUGAUGAUCACAAGAUGCGCUAGCGGCAUUCACCAAAGUGGGCAGGGAUAGGGUCAUAAGACCUCCAACACCACGGCAAUCUCAUCUCUUGAUGCCUUGUUUAUCACAGGACAGACCAAAGUCCACACCGGUGGGGAUUUUCGGAUGGGAUGUUUGGUGAAGGGGCUGGGUGGGUCGGGCUGGGCUGGUAUUGAUGUGAUUCUUUCGGAUUUGAUUUAGUCCCUUGUUUCUUCUCGGGAUUUUUGCACUAUGUGAUAUGUUCAGUUUAAGUCCCUCAUAUCGCCUUUCGGUAUGCAUGGUUUUCCUACCUAUGUUUGCUCUUGUUCCCCUCUAUGCAAGGCAUCUUAUUUAAUCCUAUUGUAAUGAAAUGGCAUUUUUUAAUUAUUUUAUUCGUAUCGUGUGUGAAAGUCAGGAUGUUUACUUUUUGUAUUUUCAUUUCCUCUCUAUAUAAACAUGUCUGUCCUCGUGCUUUGUAAGAGAAUCUAGUAAAUGUCGCUAGAUAGAUUUGUGCAGUAGAGUAGAACUUUUUUUUUUUUUAAGUCAAGUCUAGAAAGAGGCUGCUGAUGUUGUGAAUGAGGAGGUCUUUUCUUUUAUCAUCCUUCUCCAUGUGCUCUUGUCUUCCACUCUCUUCCUGUAACAGUCAGUUGAAGCAUGCUUUGAGCGUGAACUGAGCAGCAGGAAGUGAAUAUUGAGGUCAGUGUUACUCUGUGCGUGCUCUACACAAUAUGAACCAGAGAUUUGUUUUUUCACCCUACAUCUGUUUUUUCUUUCAUGACUGUCAACGUUUUACCCACUUAGUUUGUUUUAAGAAGGAUUUUUCAAUUUUGCUACAUACUUUAUUUUACUCUGGAUUUCUUUAAAAUGAAUACGUUUUUCAGUCAUUGAAGACAAUUCACUUCGACAAAUAUCACACCUUUUUAUUUUUUUUUUGACAAGUGCACUACUUCCCUGUCUGUUUUCUUUGGUUUUUGAAGAGGUUCUGACAUGAAAGCUCCCUCCAUUCUUAUUAAACCAAAAAUAUACCAAAUAUGAUCUAUAAACGUCUUUUAACAUUCAGAAGUGAGACAAAGAAUAACUAUCAUGAUAUAAUGACAGGAGUAUUCGUAAAUCAUAUCUGUAAUUUCCAGACAAAUAUAAAGUUCCUGAACAUUUAAUAUCGGACUCUGUUAUUGUAUAUGCAAGUAUAUUCACAAAACUGGGAUAAAACAUGAUUCUCCAUCAGGUCAAACAGUGACAUUAGUGUGCAUCUUUAGUCAAAGGUCCUGGGAUCUGUUUAAGAUGGUUUAGUGAUUUGGGACAGUUGGACUGGAAAACCACUGAUAAAGAGAAAGGAAAGUAGGGAAGGAAACAAAGUUACUCUUAUCAUUUAAUGCUUGUAAAAUAACAACAAUUUAACUCUGCAACAUAAAUGGAAACAACUUGCCCUCCAAUGACAUUUGAUUUUGAACAUAAUCAACAUUUAACAUAAUUGCAUCAUUUUAUGUCAUGCUCUUUUUUUAUUUACCACAGCCAAUGCUAAGAUUUGAAGAGCCAAGAAUUCUUUUUUGGAAGGGAUGGAAGUCAGAAGGUUCGGCCUAUCUCUAGCUUAAACCAAAUACACAAAUGAGAGCUUAUUUAUAGAGAGCAAGUUCAUGUUGUCUGAGUGUUGAGGAAAAGCUAAUGUUGGUUUUGUAGAACGUUAAAGCUUUGUAAAGUUGGAGUGGGCAUUUGUACCACACAGUGGUCAGAGACCGGGCACCAGGAGGUUAUUGAAGUCUGGAUAUAUUUGGAAGAUGCCAGAGACGGAGAACUUGAGCAAACCAGAGUCCACAAAACAGUUCUGCUUUAAUUGGUCUUCCAGAUCAACUCUGCUUCUGGGUGUGUCUUAUGCUGUGUAUCAAAGAAAUAACCUUUGCUGGCCCUCUGUUAGUUUCUCUCUCAUCCCUUUUCACUUAAUGCUGGCAUUAAGGCAGAAUACACACCAGGUAGUGGAUCUUUUUUUAAAGAAUGAAUAAAUAAAAUGUUUAUUUUCUUAAUUGUUUUAAGUUAUUGAUGCAGGUAUACGUUUAUUUCAUUAUCAGGUUCCGCUAUGAUGAAAUGUGUAUUUCUGUAUUGAUAUUGCUUUCCCCUUUCCCCCCUAAAGGAUUGGGGAUGCUUUUAUAUGGUCUUUGGUUUUAGCUCUUUUUCUGUUUUUAAUUUUAAGCAAGGAGGACUGUUAACUGAAGUGUUAUGUUUGAUUUGUUUCUUAAUAAACUUAUUACAAAGCA